CUCGUCUUAUCUUUGCAACCAUGGACCUCGGACUGGAACGUGUCACUCAUCUGCUCGAGGCACUUGCCCCUGCUGUCAACAGCUCAUCCCCAUCAGUAACCUUGCAUCCGCUUCCACCACACCUCGCCUUUCCCAUCAUUCAUGUCGCUGGCACCAACGGCAAGGGAUCGAUCUGCGCGUACCUGUCGUCGAUCCUCCAGGCGUCUGGUUACCGCGUCGGUCGAUACAACUCACCUCAUCUCAUCACACCCAGGGACACGAUUCAGAUUAACAACCAGCCGAUCUCAGAGGCCGAUUUUCAAUAUGUCAGCAAUAUCGUUAAGCAGAAGGAUUCACAGCUGGGCUUAAAGGCGACCUCAUUCGAGUUGUUGACCGCAAUGGCGUUUUAUUGGUUCGCCCAUGGUCAUGAUGGCGAUGGUCCUCAGUCGGGACAGGAUCCUAGUGAGAACCAGGGGGCCGUGGAUAUUGCAGUGAUCGAGGUCGGCGUGGGUGGUCGAUUGGACGCGACAAACAUUGUUCCUAGCCCGAAGGUCUGUGUGAUAGCGUCCAUUGGAAUGGAUCACGGCGCUCUACUAGGCAACACAAUCGAGGAGGUCGCGUCAGAGAAGGCGGGUAUUAUCAAGACAGGAACUCCUGUCGUCAUUGCACCGCAAGCUGAGGGACAGAGGGUGUACAAGGUGCUGGAGGAGAAGGCGUUGGCUGUGGGACUGUCACCGGAUCAGAUCAUCAAGGUGCAGGCAGCUCGUUGGACCGAAGCACAGGACGAUCCAGCUUCGUCGGGAACAACCAUGGCAGCAGCAGCAGCAGUGGGACAUUGCGCAGUUCUGGAGGACGGAUUCAAGUUCUGGAUUCCACUGCUGGGUGAUUUUCAAUUGGAGAAUGCAGCGGCUGCCAUUGCCGCGAUCCGCGUCUUGCGAGAAGUGGGGAAUGAUGGCCAUGGAUAUGAGUCAUGGAACAAGAAGAUUACAGACGAUACGAUUCGACAAGGCAUCAGGAACACUGUUUGGCCAGGGCGGUUACAAUGGAUCGAAGGCCCAAAUGCUCCAAGAGAGGUCCAGGGAAGAAUACUAGUGGAUGGAGCUCAUAACCCCGCGGCAGCCAUUGCACUGCGCUCCUUCGUGGAUGAACACAUUACAUCGCUGAGUUCAGGUCAUGACUCGAGACGGAUACAUUGGAUCAUGGCGUUUACAAAGGGCAAGGAUAUUGAGGAGAUGUUUGAUGUUUUAUUCUCUGUAGGAUCCAGUCAUGUCCAAUCUGGACAGGAUACAUUCUCAGCUGUGGAGUUUAGUUCGCCCGAGGGUAUGCCCUGGGUAUCACCUAUUCCUGCACAGGAAGUUUGUCAGCGAUUACAGCGGCAACAGGAACGUGUGCAUGGCGAAGGGAAGGGCUGCCUCGUUGUCCGUGAGUUUGGAGCGGAUCUGAGGGCGGCUUUGGAGAGGGUUGGGAGGGAUCGACAGGCUGGCGACGUGGUUGUACUCUGUGGGUCACUGUACUUGGUUGCAGAUCUCUUUCGCUUAUAGCCAAAUAAAGGAAUCAGAGACGUAACACAAAGAUGAGCGCGACAAUCUUAGUGGGCGAAGUGCGUGACCUGCAGUAGUGGUGCUCGAUGGCAUCCACUUCUCUCGUCUUCAA